AACUUAUAUUUUCAGCCGGAAAAGCUAGCGUUGUAAAAUUAGGUAAAUAAUUAAUCCAAGAUAUAGAAGUAAAUAAGUUUAUAAUCAACAAAAAUAAUAGCUAAAUAACUGACCGCGAUAAAAAAAUCACUAAAUAAUAAUAAGAACUCUAAUUUACUCAUCUAAACCGUCAAAAAGUUUUGCCAGUUAACAUUUUUUUUUAACUAAACAUGUGCAAAUCAAUUCAAAUGGCCCCAAACGUGUUGCAAACUCUAAAACAACAUCGUUUAAAUAGACAUUCAAUCAGCGACUCUACGGAUUUCAAUAUCUCAUUAACGGUUAGCGCGAAAUUAACCACAUUUAUACAAAAUUUAUAUUUACAGAUACGCCAUAACUCAAUCUACACAUAUUUUAAACAACCCCCAGGAACUCGCUGCCAUUGGAUGACGUCUCCAACCCCUAGGGCGUUCGGCCAAUCACACUUACCCAUUAUAUUGCGCGAGGGUGGAGCCGGGGUAGUUUAUAUCACAGUAUUUCCCCUGACUCGAAUCAGUGUAGUGCUGUUACCCUCACGCGAGUCGGGGUAAAAGUUGUUCGGUGAUCGCGUGAUCGUAGUCAACUAAAUUCGACCAAGUGGCGAUGUUUUCUAGAACUUGAUUCGGGACUUUUAUAGUUUAUUUGUAAAUUAAAAUGGCGGGACCGUAUUUGUCACCGUUGCCGGGGGACCUUCUGACCGAGUACAUGUUCGGCAGACGACGGCAGAGACGGAACAGGACGACUUUCACUCCGCAGCAGUUGAGCGAGCUGGAGUCAUUAUUCCAGAAGACUCAUUACCCUGAUGUGUUCCUCAGGGAAGAAGUCGCGUUGAGAAUCAGUCUAUCUGAAGCGAGAGUGCAAGUCUGGUUUCAAAAUCGACGAGCUAAAUGGCGUAAGCAAGCUCGCCUCCAGCUUUUGCAGGACGCCUGGAGAAUGAGGUGUUUGGGGCUCGGGACACCACCUCUUGGACUGCCAGGUCACACAAAACCACCUGAAUCGUCACCAGAAGGAGGGGAAUCGCCGCCACCCAAAGACAAUUUAGAAACACAGUCUAAUGAAAACAGUGCUGGUAUGAAAUCACCCCAACAGGAGACUUACCACCAUAACGGAAAUAUGUCCGACAAUCUACCCCUGCCCCAUGACAUACCACCCCCCAUGCCGUACGGCAACGACGACAGGAUACUUCAACAGCCACCGUUCCCGUUCCCGCCAUUACUGAUGCCCCAGCAGAUGGACAACAACGAAAUAGCGCCAACUGACUUGAGAAUGGCGAAGAGCAAUCCCUGUCAUUGCACAGGAGAAGAAAUAAAUGAGCCGGAAAACCUAGCAUACCGGAAACGAAGCGAGGACGUCAGUGACAGCGAAAGCGAUACGGAAAUAGAUCUCACGUCACACUCCAAAGAGGAUGAUUUAAGAGAAUCAGAAAGACUCGCAAAGAGGAUAGCAACAAAUAUGUUCAGAAGUGACACCGUGCUGCACGACCUGUUACCUAACGAUCUGACGAUGGCCGUUAAGAAUAACGAUAGGAAUGGUAGAAACGUAACGAUGUAACUAUAAGUAAGCUGUUUCUACUACACGCAAUUUGUAUUUCAUAGAAUUUAGAUACUGUUAGUUAUUAUUUUUGUAUUCUGUUACCGCUACCCCCGCCACGAGUCAUUGUCUCACUAAUAAUUUAAAGUUUUUCAUUGAUAAAUCUUUUCAUAUAGUAUUAUUGGUUUAUGAAUUAAAAAAAAGUUGAGACUCCAUGGAGUUCGUAGUUGAGAAUCGUGGCUAGGACAGACGGCUGUUGUAGAUAGCGUAAUGUAAAACGUGUAAUAUUUUAGAUUGUUUUCCUUAUAGUUUUAGUUUAGGAUGUAAAUUGAAUAAUAGUUAGAAAUAAGAUCAUUGUAUUUAUUUUAAAGUAACUUAGCGUUUAUAAUAGGCGACGUUACACUACAACUUCGAUGUGAAAGUUACGAAUCGGACAUAAGAACUGUACACCGUGUCAUAAUUACGUCAAAUUAUUAUCACAAUAAAAAAAAUAAUAAUUUUAAGCAUAGUUACUUAUUUACAAAUCGUCAACAAUAAAACAGG